CAAUCUCCCCCCCCCCUUAUUGGUUAGCAUUGUGGGUAACUUCAAUAUGGCGGCACCCAUAUUGAAGUGGAAGCGAGUUACCAAUACGGCGGGGCCAUGUCCCAGGCCACGACAUGGACAUCGAGCUGUGGCGAUCAAAGAUCUUAUGGUUGUAUUUGGUGGUGGCAACGAAGGAAUUGUGGACGAACUCCACGUCUACAAUACAGCAACAAAUCAGUGGUUUGUACCAGCUGUUCGAGGAGACAUCCCACCUGGCUGUGCAGCUUACGGCUUUGUCUGUGAUGCUACUCGCAUACUUGUGUUUGGUGGAAUGGUUGAGUAUGGUAAAUAUUCUAAUGAAUUGUAUGAAUUGCAAGCAAGUAGGUGGGAAUGGAAGCGUUUAAAACCAAAGCCUCCAAAAAAUGGCCAACCACCUUGUCCCAGACUUGGGCACAGCUUUACUCUGUUGGGAAGUAAAGCAUAUUUGUUUGGAGGUCUGGCUAAUGACAGUGAGGACCCCAAAAAUAAUAUUCCUAGAUAUCUCAAUGACUUGUACUCACUAGAGUUGAAACAAAAUUCUAACACAAUUGCUUGGGACAUUCCUCAAGCUGGAGGCCAGCCACCACCUCCUCGAGAAUCACAUUCUUGUGCAGCUUAUUCAGAGAAAGAUGGUCGUCGACCAAGGUUAAUAAUAUAUGGUGGUAUGAGUGGUUGUCGCUUGGGAGACCUCUGGCAGCUUGAUUGUGAAACAAUGACUUGGACCAAACCAGUUGUUCAAGGAAUAUCUCCAUUACCUCGCAGUCUGCACUCGGCAACUGUAAUUGGAAACCGUAUGUUUGUAUUUGGAGGUUGGGUACCACUGGUUAUGGAUGAUAUUAAAGUUGCUACACAUGAAAAAGAGUGGAAAUGUACAAACACUCUAGCUUCACUAAAUUUAGAUACAAUGACUUGGGAACCCCUUGCCAUGGAAGUCUUUGAAGAUGCUUUACCUCGAGCUCGAGCAGGUCAUUGUGCUGUUGCUGUGCACUCACGACUUUACAUCUGGAGUGGUCGAGAUGGUUACCGAAAGGCUUGGAAUAAUCAGGUAUGCUUCAAGGACCUUUGGUUCCUAGAAACGGAAAAGCCUCCUGCGCCAUCUCGUGUGCAGCUGGUUCGUGCCAGUACAAAUACACUCGAAGUUUGUUGGGGUGCUGUACCAACUGCCGAUGCCUAUCUUCUCCAGUUACAGAAAUAUGACUUACCUCCUGCCCAGACAAUUACUCCAGCUGCAGUUCCUCUCAGUAACACUUUGUCAAAGACCUCAACUGCUACCACUCAAUCCCAGCCGACCAUUAUCCGUGCACCUUCAACUGUAAAUGCUGCAAUCAGACAAAAAACUCCUGUAAGUAUCAAUGCAGGUUCGAGUGCAAUUCGUGUUGUGUCUGCCUCAUCUCCUCAGAUACUGACUCUCGGCCAAAAGGGAAUUACUACUACUGCUGGAGGUCAGAUGACCGGUAUAGCUGCCCUAGCAGCUGCUGCUGCAGCCACCCAGAAGAUCCCUGGUACAACUAGUACAACCACUACUCCUGUCUCUGGUAUCAAAGUCGUUACUCCAUCUAUUGUGACCUCUGGAAUGAAAAUGGCUAAUGUCCAAGGAAAACAGAUUGCUGGGCAACUAAUCCCUGGCACUCAAACAGUGCGAGUAGCCCCUCCUGGUGCUACAGUAUUAAAAGCCGGGGCUGGCAUUGGUGCUGGUACAAAACAAAUUAUAACAGUCCAUAAAACCGGAACAGCAUCGAGUCAACCCCAGAUUGUGACACUUGUAAAGACCACCCAAGGAAUGACUGUUGCUACACCAAAAACUCCAUUACCUCAAGGAGCCACUAUUGUAAAACUAGUGACCACUCAAGCUGGAAGUGGUAAACCAACGACUAUAAUAACAAGCAGCAAUCCUGGCGCUACUCCAUCUACAAUCCUUGGCAUUAGCAGUGUACAACCUCAGACUUCAACAUCAAAAUCUGUCAACACUAUCAUCAAGACCAUACCAACAUCUCUGAUAUCGAUGGCUAAAUCUGGUGGAGCCUUAACCAGUACAACUCCGGGCACAAAGACAAUUGUUAUUGCUGCUCCUAAAGGCCAAGCUGGUAGUUUUGGUACCCCGACUAAGAUUAUCACUUCUGUGCCCAAGUUGACUCAGUCAAUGGCAACAUCCACUCUUGGUAAUGUAAUGACAGCUGCCACCAGUAAAGCAGGUACAUCUAUCCUUCCAACAGUCUCAAACCCUACACCAACCAUCUCCAUAGUAGCUCAACCAGCUCCAAAUCCAACAGCUCAGUUGCCAGCAACCACAAGUGUACAACUUUCUGUAACUCCAUCUGUCAAGGCCCUCACCUCCCUCACUGGCAGUACUACACAGUCUUCUGCUACUCCAGUCCGCAUCUCCAUUCUUCCUUCUCCUCAAAAUGCUUCGUCAUUGGUUAAUCCCAGUUCGGCAGUGACCCAGGAGGUUGCUGGUGUGAAGAGUGAAUCUCAAAAUGAAUCGGCUUCAGUGAAGAAGGAGUCUGUGGAAGGUGAAGGUACUGUGAAAGGUGUCGAGACAAAACCAGACAUUCAAACUGCUGGCAGUGGUACCAAGCUGAAAACAGAAGCAGACAUCAAAGAUGGGAAUCAGGUUAAAAAUAAAGUCAUGGAUGAUUUAGUGAAGCUGGAAAAAGAAGCUGGUUCUGGUGAACCAAUGGAUACAUCAGCAGCCCCAAACAAUUCUGUGAAUGGAGACUUAGUGAAGGCAGCAGCUGGUGCAGCUAGUGUUAGAAUGACAGUUGCACCUGCAACAACUGCAGUGUCACAUUCCUCCACAUCUGACCCCGCAGAUCCAUUAGCAACCCUUGCUACAGCUGCUGUAACGACUGCUGCAAGUGCUGCAGCAGCAUCAGCCACCACACUAGUGAAGCAAGAGACAAGUUCUGCUGCUCCAAUACCUGCAACCGGUCCACAGCCUCUGCCUACAUCCACAACACCAGUGGCAGUUGUAACACCAGUAGCAGCAACAGCAACUACCAAUGGACUGCCAAGUUCUGCCGAUGCCACAGAUUCAAAACAAGGUAUAAAAUCUGAGUCAGCUGUGAAGACUGCUGGAGUGGUUGUAAAAAAAGAAGCUAACCAAUGGUAUGAUGUUGGAAUCAUCAAAGGAACAACAUGUCUUGUCUCUCAUUGUCACCUACCAUCAGAAUCUAACCAGGGCAAUGGAGAUGAUAUCGAUGUUGUUAGUAUACCUGACCACAGUGUAUUAAAGCGACAAGAGCUGUUGCCUGGUACUGCUUAUAAAUUCCGUGUUGCUGGAAUAAAUGCUUGUGGACGAGGUCCUUUCAGUGAAGUAUCUGCUUUCAAAACUUGUCUACCUGGAUUCCCUGGAGCACCAUCAGCUAUUAAAAUAAGUAAGAGUUCCGAAGGUGCCCAUCUGUCCUGGGAACCACCACAGAACACAGCUGGUAAAAUUACUGAAUACUCUGUGUAUCUUGCUGUGAGAAAUGCAGCAGCUGCUCAAGUUGACCAGAAACCUGGGUCACCAGCUCAGUUGGCCUUUGUCCGAGUCUACUGUGGUCCAAGUCCCUCGUGUGUUGUUACUACAGCCAGCCUGGCCUCUGCUCACAUUGACUACACUACCAAACCUGCCAUUAUAUUCCGAAUUGCUGCCAGAAAUGAGAAAGGUUAUGGUCCAGCUACCCAGGUCAGGUGGCUACAAGAUGCUGGUCAAAGUCCUGCUGCUGCUGCCAACAAAGUGACAAUAAAACGGCCUCUAGCAGCUGGAGACAUUAAAGCUGCAUCCCCUCCGAAUGUGAAGAAACUGAAAAAUGAAGAUGAACAUGAUAAGCUGUAAACUCAGUCUAUCCCUGAUUAGCAGCUUUUUUUUACUUAUCAGAAGAAAUCUGGUCCUGGAAUGAUGGUCCGAAACUAUUGGACAGGACUGUCUGCUACAAGACUCUACAUCUGUAGCUCAAACCAAUCCAUAUUACAACUACAGACAAAGAAAGAAAAAAAAGGCAGAUCCUCUUCCAGCAGCCCUCUUCCUCUUCUGCAAUCUCUUUGUCAUCUGUAUUAUCAUCAACACCACCACUGUCACCACCAUCAUCA